AUCUAAGUUUUAUAAUCAGUCCAAAAUGUCCACUAAAAUUACUUAUGUAGAUCCAUUUUACAAUCAAAUUAUUUCUAAAAAAUCCAACCCUUUAUAUUCAAGAAGAUCAUAUGUUCAUUUUAACAAGAUCAACAAACCUCUCAAUUUCCUCAUUUCCAAUGCAAAAAUUGGAAUAUUCAUUGUUAGGUGCAAUUCAGCCAACAGUAUUGGAUCAGAUGCUUCACCUCCUGGAAACUCUCCAUCUUUUGGAUGGAAAAAAUGGUUGUUGGGACUUCUUCUACCUAUGUUACUACCUGCAUUCAAGAACAAAGUCAGCCUUUCACAACUUCUCAAAAGUGAUGUGGAUAAAGCAAUACAAACAGUGGAAACUAUGAGUGAGCUAGUGGAAGAGGUAGCUGAGGAAGUAGAAAAGAUUGCUGAAGAGGUUGAAAAUAAACUUCCUGGGGAUUCAAAGCUAAAAGAAAGUCUUGAUUCAAUAGAAAAUUUAGCUCAAGGGGCUGUCAAAUAUGCCCACCAAGCUCAAGAUCUCAUUCACAAGAUUGAGGAUGUAGAAAAAGAGAUAUUGGAGGAAACACAAAUGCAAAGUAACACUACAAAUCAGGUUGAAAGGAUCAGCCAAGAGUUGGGCUCAAAAAAUUAGUCAUUAUUUAUAUUUUAUCUGUGUAUUUUAUUCAUACUCUGUAAUUUUAAUUUGUAUAGUUUAUCUGCAUCAAUUAUGUUUAUGUAAUGUAAACAUGAAUUCAAUAAACCAGCAUAUAUAGAAAAGCAUGCACUAUGGCAAUA